AUGGUGUGCCCAAAGAUGGAGACUUGUUCGGAGCAGUGCUUCCGCGAGGACGUACUACAUGUCAACUCGUGCGCCAAAAAACGCUGCAACAUACACUGCUUCGACGGCGACUGCCCGCAUUGUAUUAGCGUCACCAAACGCAUCUUUCUGCGAAUAUGCCGUGAAUAUGAUGUAACAAAUCUUCCGAACGUGAAAUUUGAUGGGAGUUGCAAAGAUCUAUUCGAUUAUGUCCUCAAGGAGUACGUUCGUAGUCAAACAACGUGA